AUGCAGUCCCUAGGAGGACGGCGAUUCCCCCGAAAGGGAAUAUCCGAGGGUGGACAAGAGAACGCUCAAGGAAUGACUCUUCAUCCUUCUUCUCAUGAACCUAGAUCUAGACGAUAUGAAAUUCGUACGUUGUUAGACAUCGGACGUCGGGCCGGUGUAAGAAGUGAGUUAACCAAUAGAACCAAGAUAAACGAAGCUGCUGUUUUGAACCACCCUGAUGAGGGCUCCGAAAAUCGGAUUUUGACGGAGAAACCCAUCAAUCGCCGCCAAAUCUCCUCAAACUUCUCCACGGGGACUGAGGAUGGACUUCUGCUCUCGCAGGCCAACCAUUUGCAGUAUCCACAUCGUCAACCAAUAAAUGCACCUCAGGGAAAGCUCGCCCAAAUCGAUGCGGGUUUCGCGAGAUUUCUUAAGGAACACGCAUCACCUAAACAUCAGAGGGUCACUGCGGGUGGUCGAAUCGUUCCAAUGAACCUCUCAUCUGCGCCUGCUCCUGAAUUCAAGCUCCCAGCUAUAAGUUCCCAGAGGAUUGAACCUCAGAAGGAUGACAGCAUCCAUGUUACAAACCGUCCAUUGAAAACACACGCCGAUUUCCAACGCGAGAGCGGAGACUUCCAGCACCAGGGCCUUCGUGCUGACGCAUAUCAGAGCAAAUGUAUCGGGCAGAACUUCGCGGCUCCACUGAUGCAGUCUGGGUCAAAUUCAGAAGAAAUCAACCACCUUCCAUUCACAUCGGUACGGGCAACAUCAGGCCAACAAGCGCAACGAGCGUUACAUGUUAACCCAAAUUCCAACCCUGGAAGACAGGAGAGAAUGACGCAGUUCGCACCGGAAACCACAGCUGCCACCUCCGGCUACACAAUACUGAAUGCAGCUGGUGAACAAGUUGGCUGGGUUCCGAACAACGCCCAGCAAUGCUAUACCUCCAAUUCCACAGACCAGCCCUUUCCAGUGGCUUAUGCAAUGUCAAACGGGGCAAUUCUUGGCAUGUACCCGCUAGAUCAGUCAGGUUUGAUGAUGACGGCACCCCCUCAGCUAUUCCCGCUCUCAACUAUCCCGAUCAAUGAGCCUACGAUCAACCAACCUUUGCCUUCCAACCUAGCUAUGCCCUUCACAGGUUUGUCAGAGGACUUGUUGAGCUAUAAAUCUCUUGAACACGCGACUAGAGAGUACGACAAACUUUCAGACCAGCUUUCGAGUUUGGAUAGAUAUCUUGCACUACAUUCUUUGGAUGUCGACCCGGCUGCAAAGAGAAUUCUCAUUGACCAGCGUGUAGAACUUGUGAUGAAGCUUGAUGUUGCAAGAUCGUUGAAAGAGCAGAUUGAGUCAGCACUCCAGCUCUCGAAUUCUCGAGCCGCAAUGCAGCAUCAAUCCUUCGGUCUUCAGCAAUUCUCGAAUGAGUUUGCAAGCCCGGUAGCUCCUUCUUGGUUACCUAACGUGGGCCAGCUUAACAAUAAUGUUGGACCGAGCAACUUGAAUCCAGUAGGUUAUAUGAUUUCCGCAAUGGGGUUGCCAAUGGCCGACUCCUAUACCAAUGCUUAUGCAAAUCAAGCCAGAGCUCCAUUUGUCCCAGCUGGGCUUGUACCCAGCUUACAGGGUUGGAGGAGCAGCAACGGAAAUAAUAGUGGCAACCACGUUCCCCAGAACUGCGCGGUGAACACUGAACAGAUGUUAAACAAUGACUACACUCCAGUUGAAAUUGGUCAAGCAAGACAAGCGCUAUCAAGUGUAGGAGGAAGCGCGUUUAAGGCCGGCUACGGAGCGGCUAGAGAGAGUGCUCCACCUGAGAUUGCUCGAGUUUAUCAAAAUAUCGAAAUGGCAGCCAGCUUAGGUGAACCGCUGGGUCCACUUAUCGAAGAACUUGCCCUUGUGGCGAGGCAGCUGAAUGUAUCUGAUAUCAUUGAGAAUCAGGGCUUGAUAGGGCAGCCAGAACAGGCACCUAGAUCUAGCGAUUCAAAAGUCAACCGAACGGGGUUAGGCCCGUCUAAUGAAGCUGCCACAGUCGAGAGUUUUAGCGAAGAGUCGAAACCGUCUACCUUCCCAACGGCGGAUUCGAAAAUGGCUUCUGUAGCCCCUCCAAUUGCUCCUCCCAACGCAGUUCCCAAAGCAGUUCCCGACGUUGCUCCCAACGCUCCAAAGAUGAAAAAGACAAUCAUCAUUCGCAAGCCUAGCGAUGUUGUCGACAUAGAGACGGGUUUUCCAGCCGCGACGGCCCAGCCUAGUAAAUACAAGAUGAACUCAUACGUAGAGUCUGUGAAGUCCAAAGAAUUAGCUAGGGAUCUUGCCCUGGCAAAAGAGAGACAUCGUCACAACCAGCUUGUGAGAGACGACGAUUCCCCCACACCGCUGGGGCGCCACUUCCUUGGGACAUAUGGGUCAGUGAGUGGAAGUGUGAUGGGAAAUGAAACCAACCAGCAAAGUGCACCACUCAGCAAUUGGAAACAAUUGGGGAAUAGCGGUCCGUCAAAAAAGGCAAACACCUCCACAGCCUCUUCAAAGGUGAAUGCCUACGGUUUGCUGCCCCGAUAUGACGGAGCUGAUGACGAGGAUGAUCGCGGUUCUAAGGCCCCAGAUGCUACUUUGAGUGUUUCCGUGUCCGGGAUUGGCACAGCGAAAGCAAGAGGGGAAGCGGGAGCAACUAAAAGCACUGAGAAGGAAUGGUAUCGCAAGGUGCCUCGCAAAGACGUCAACCCCAAGGAUGUUCGAGAAUUUUUCAAGCUUCUACGGGAGCAGGAAAAGGACAUGAUUAAAAACCACCGCAAGGAGAGUCGUCGGUUUGGAUAG